AUGGUUGAUUGCAUUAAAUGCCCAGAAGAUCAUUAUCCAAGCAAAAAACAUGAUUCAUGCGCUCCAAAGGAGAUAAGCUUUUUGUCUUACAAAGAACCUUUGGGGAUCAGUUUAGCCACUUUUGCUCUUUCCUUUUCUUUCAUCACAGUGUUGGUGCUAGGAAUGUUUGUGAAGCACCAAAACACACCCAUAGUCAUAGCCAAAAACCGAAACCUCACCUACUCUCUCCUCGUCUCCCUCCUGCUCUGCUUCCUCUGUGCUUUGCUCUUCAUUGGACAGCCUCACAUGGUGACGUGUCUCCUCCGACAAAUGGCUUUUGGCAUCAUCUUCUCAGUGGCAGUGUCGUGUGUGUUGGCCAAAACCAUCACUGUAGUUCUGGCUUUCAUGGCCACCAAACCAGGAAGCAGCAUGAGGAAAUGGAUGGGGAAAAGACUGGCCAGCUCCAUUGUUCUUUCCUGCUCCCUUAUUCAAGCAGGCAUUUGUACUUUGUGGCUGACAAUCUCCCCACCAUUCCCAGAUGUUGACAUGCACUCAGUGAGUGAAGAAAUUGUAUUGGAAUGUAAUGAGGGGUCAGCUACCCUGUUUUACUGUGUUCUCGGUUACCUUGGUGUGCUAGCCCUUGUCAGUUUGAUUGUGGCUUUCCUCAUCAGGAAGUUACCUGACAGUUUCAAUGAAGCCAAGUUCAUUACUUUCAGUAUGUUGAUGUUCUGCAGUGUUUGGUUGUCCUUUGUUCCCUCUUACUUGAGCACCAAAGGAAAAUACAUGAUGGCCGUGGAGAUUUUUUCUAUGUUAGGUUCUUGUGCUGGACUGCUGGGUUGCAUCUUUUUCCCCAAGUGCUACAUAAUUGUUCUGAGGCCUGAGAUGAACAGCAGGGAACAGAUAAUGAGAAGAGUAAAAUAA